AUGGAACAAGAUAUAAAACAAGAAAAUCGCGGUAACAGCGGAGCAAACUUAAAGCGACUAGGCGAAAGCAACCAAAAUGAAGAGAGUCCGAAGAAAAAGAAACUUGAGCUCUCGAACCUGAUUGUGUACGCUAAUGAUGAACAUCGAUCCUUGACGAUUCAGAAGACGAAGGAUUUAAAUCCUGAAUUCGAAAUGGACUUUUUCGAAACGACGUCAACGAAGAUCAAGAACAAAUACGGCAAUUUUGAGAAGCUUUUCGAGUUUAAAAUCGAUGGAGUUGUGAUUGGAACUGGACGCGGCUUUGGCAAGAAAGCUGCGAAGCAGGAGUGCAUUCAAGAUGCAGAGAGAAAUCUUCGCAAGAUCGGAAAAGUGGUCCCCUUCAAUACAAAGCCAAGUGUGCACAAUAAAAAAUCGGCAUUCGCAAGGAGGAAAAUGGCGAUUCCCCUUCCGCUUUCUUCUGUAGUAGAGGUGAAAGAAGAAGAAGUCAAAAAAGAGAAUUCAGAAUCCGAGGCUUUCAUUGGGCUGGAUUUGGAAGACCUUGCUGGGCUAGAAUUCUCUCACAUCCAAGAUGCGCCGAUAUCGACUAGUUUGUCGAAUUUCGCGCAGCAGAACGGGCUUGAAUUCCGAACAGAAGUGUACGAGGUGAAGAAGGAGGGUUCUAAAAUGCCGGACUGGGGAGCGCGUGUUCUCUUGAAUGGCACUGAGAUCAGCGCUGCCGUGUCAUCUGGUAAAAAAGCGGCCAAAAGUGCGUGUUGGACAAGCGCAUUCAGUGUGCUAAGACAACGAUGCGAUUACGUUGAGAGAAAAGGAAAACGAGAUGGCUACGAAAUUGUGUCGAAGGAGUUCAAGAGUCAGGCGGAGCCGGAGGUACCAAUUGACGAGGCCGGCGAGCACGAAGUGAAGGAUACAUCUCUUGAAUACCAAAUUCUUGACGCUCUUGAAGCAUCUCCAGAAAAACCUAAACCGCAGAAGCCCGAAUUAAAGCUAGAAGACAAGGUGAUUUUCUACAGUGCUGGCCUGCUGGACAAAGAUAGUGAACGACAAACACUGCCAAAUGAGAUACGAAGACCUGAGUAUCUCCAAUUCACGAACGCCAAGACUGAAGCUGCACCUGAAAAUAACUUUGUCCCGUUGAGAGAACACAAGGACGCUAUUAUGAGAAUAAAAAGACGCCUAAAAGACUUCAAAGCUGGGUCGCCUUAUUGCGUCGAUCAAGCUGCGCGUCGGGCUGGAAUCGAUAUCGCCAAGGACAUGUACACGUGUGGCGGCAAUAUCCUUGCUAUUCGUGAGUAUCUCAACUCCACUCGACCUCGAUUAUACCAGGCAACCGAGGACCUCUUCAUUACGAAAAAGUCACAAUACUGCGUUCUGUCUAUACGCGGCGUCGAAUGCGCUUACGGCUUCGGCAAAUUCGCCAAGCGAGUUGCUUUCGACAACUUGGAAUACUUUCUCCGCGAAAACAGCGAAAAUAGGAUUCACGUCGUUUCUGCUUUGCGUCAUAAUGGAGUGCGCACGGAACCGCAACUGACGCUUGCGCUCACGCCUGGUGACCGCCAAGUUGGAUACAUCUUGCCGGCCAACGACGCAGGAAGAAUCGUGACGCCGGACCAGGCUAGAUUCGCGGACUUACAGGCACAGCAGUCGAAGCUUAAAGAAAAACAUGAAGACGUUAAACCUGAAAUCAAACUUGAAGACAUAACUCUAUUCAUGCUUGAAGGAAUGGAUUGUCCGCUGACUAUCAUCUCCAGAACGGCCAACUUGAACAAGUUCUCGAUGAAAUGGACAGAAGAUGAAACUAAGAACGAGAAACAAGGGGGCGGAACAUGGCAGAUGCUUCAGCGAUGCCGCGUACUUGAAGAGAGGAAGAAAGAAUAUGCACACGAAAAUGCGCUAGGAAUCGAGGAAGUCCAAAAUGGAAUGAUCGACAAAGCGCAACCGCAUCUCGUCAGAAUGGCGAAAGCACGAGAGAAACAAGCUAAUAAAAACAACAAAGGACUGAUGUUAAUGCGACUGAUGGGCUGGAGCGGCGGUGGACUUGGAGCGGCCGAAGAUGGAAUCGAACAGCCCAUUGACCAUAAUGCAGCACGCUACGGUCGGGAAACAACCGGAUUGGGAGUUGAUGAAGACGGCCGUUGUCAAGUGACUGUGGAACAAGCUGAUGUUCUCAUAUCGCGCUAUGCGACGUCCCAGAUCACCGAGGACUUGAGUUUUUCUAAAGGCCUUCGAAAAGAAGAAAGAAAAGCUAUACAUAUGGCAGUGAGUCGAUAUGGUCUUCGAUCGAGAAGCUAUGGAAAGGGCGCCGACAGAUAUUUGGUUGUCUCGCGAACUGCACAGCAGAAACUCGUGAUGCUUCAACAGGGAUGUAUGCUCUCUCAAGCUUCUCUCAAGCAAUAA